UUACCUGAAGUGACUUUUGCCUCAGUUACACAGCUUUCCAUCGUGCGUUAGCGGCUGAGGUGAGACCCACCCAGGCCCCGUCGUCGAGACUACGCCCAGAAGGGUUGGGCAUGGAGGGCACAGGCAGGGGGGGAAGUCCAGGCCAGGAUGCACGCGCUGACCCGGUCACGAUAGCAUUCUCAUCUUUAUUGCCGAAAAGAACCGAGUGCAGCAGCCCGCCCAGCAUAAAAAAAAGGGUCGUCCAUGUUAUCGAUGAGGAACUGCGGCCUUAACGACACCUCGCCGUCGGUUAUCGUUGGCGGGCCAGGAGGGUAUAUAGUGGUCCGGCGGCGCGCAGUGCGAGUAACGAGCUCAACCGCCGCGCCGCACCAUGGGCCUCGCCACGGCGGCCCUCGCCCUUGCUCUCGUCGGGACAGCGCUCGGCGGCCGGUGCGUGACGCGGUCCUACGGCCACGGCAGCGUCGUGUGCGUGUGCGACGCCAAGCAGUGCGGCGCCCUGGAGGUGCUCCGCACCCGCGCUGGCCCCGCGGCGGAGGACGGCUCCAGCACGCCCUUCACCAUGUUCACCAGCUCCAAGGCCGGGCUGCGGCUGCACCAGGCCGACGGCAACUUCACCAACGGCUACGCCACGACCGGCUCGAAGGUGGGUGACGCGGAGGGCGAGGACGAAGAGGAUGAGUACGACGACCUGGAGGAUGGAGAGGAAAAGACGUUCAUGUGGACGCGGGGCAACGUGCGCCUCACCGUAGACACGGCCACGACCUACCAGACGGUGGACGGCUUCGGGGGCGCCAUCACCGACUCGGCCGCCAUCAACAUCCACCGGUUGGAGCCGGACGUCCAGGACGUGCUCAUGAGAGCGCUGUUCGCGCCCGAGGGCAACGCCUACAACAUGCUGCGCGUGCCCAUGGGGGGCACGGACGACUCCAUCCGGAAGUACACGUACGCCGACUCGCCCGGGGACGUGGAGCUCGAGCGCUUCAAGCUCGCCGACGAGGACAUCCAGUACAAGAUCCCCGUGCUGCUCAACGCCAGCCGCCUGUCGGGCGGGGAGACGAGGGUCAUCGCCUCGGCGUGGACGGCGCCGCCCUGGAUGAAGACCACCGACCAGUACGUGGGCGGUUCGCUGCGCAGGGAGAUGUACCAGGCGUGGGCAGACUACCACCUGCGCUUCCUGUCGGAGUACGCGCAGCGCGGCGUGGCCGUAUGGGCGCUCACCUCCGGCAACGAGCCCAUCAACGCCUUCUUCACGCCGCUGCUCAUCCGGUUCAACUCGAUGGGCUGGACGCCGCUGCAGCAGCGGCGCUGGAUCGGCCGCCACCUCGGCCCCGCGCUCCGCCGCUCCCCCUUCAACGCCACCAAGCUGCUCGCGCUGGACGACCAGCGCAUGCUGCUGCCCUGGUGGCUCGACAUCGUGUUCCGCGACCCCGUGGUGCGCGACCUGGUGGACGGCGUGGCGGUGCACUGGUACUGGGACAUUGUGGACCCGCGCCUCGGUCUCGAGGCCACGCACCAGCACUUCCCGGAGAAGUUCCUCAUCAGCACCGAGGCCAGCAGCGCCGACAAGCCCUGGGACGUCGCCAAGGUGCAGCUGGGCUCGUGGGCGCGGGGCGAGAAGUACAUGACGGACAUCCUCAAGGACAUGAACGCGUGGGUGACGGGGUGGAUGGAGUGGUCGCUGGUGCUGGACACACAGGGCGGGCCCUCGUGGUCGCGCAACUACGUGGACGUGGGCGUGAUGGUGGACCCCGCGCGCCAGGAGGUGCUGCUGCAGCCCACCUACUACGCCAUGGCGCACUUCUCGCGCUUCGUGCCGCGCGGCUCGCGGCGCGUCCGCCUGCAGGUGGAGCGGGCCGACCUCUCGGGCGAGGCGCAGCCCGACGAGCAGGGGCUGUCCGGCCGCGCCGACGUGGACGCCACGGCCUUCGUCACCCCGGACGACACCGUCGUCCUCGUCCUGCACAACGCCGGCGACAGCGACGCCUCCGUGUCGGUGCGGGAUCCCCGCGUGGGCGUGACCAGCGUGGUGCUGACGGCGCGCUCCUUCAGCACCCUGCUGUACUCGGCCUCGGAGCGCGGCGGCGGCGGAUCGGGCGCUGCAGGAGAGGGAGCCCGGAGAGAGCGAGACUGAUUGGCCACAACCAUCCUUUAACAAUGCACUAGUAUUUUUUAGGUGUAUCUCUGAGAGAAUUAUGUUUGUAUUUAAAAUCAUGUGUAAGAAAAACACAGAAUUGAA